AUGCGUGAAGAGUGUCCGUGCGUGAUGGGUGAUUUUGUAUCUCGAAAUCACUUUCUGACAUGCCGUGCUCUGGAUCGAACACUUCUCGAUGCUCUGCCUGUGGCUCCUCCUGGUAUUCAUCGUAUAGACUAUGCCCUUAAUUGCUUACCUGUGAAAGCCUCUGAUGGUCCUCCAUCUUAUUGGUCUGCUUUGCUUGCUCUGCUUCAUGCCAUUGAUUGUUUAGUGCAUCCGCUGGCUGUCAUCCCUGCUGAUCUUGAUUCAGGGUUGUUAUGGUUCUCUGCUAGAUAG